UUAAAGGGAAGAAGAUCUAACCAUCAUUAUUUUUUUUCUUUCUUGCUCUACACACCUUUUCCACUCAGUUCACUAACUUCACAACGAUGGAGUCCGAGCGAAGUGUCAAUCCAACCCUCGUCGAACGUGCUCAUGAGCGAGAGUAUUGGCGGCAUUGCCAGCGCGUUUUGAGCCAAAAGGCAAGCAUCAACAACACGACCCCAAAUAGUUUUGCCUUCAGGCGACCUAUCGGCGAGGGGCCGGUACGCCCUGACGUGUCCGAGCGCAAUCGCAAGAUUAACCACGACAAUUUCAAGCUCGUUGAGCGGAUGAUGCAUAUCAUGCAAACCCACAGCAGCAUUGACAACAGCCCGCCAUGGCGAGAUCACAACAAGGUUGUUAACUCUCAGCACGUUCGGGAGGUCAACCAGCGUCGCAUUGCUCAUGAGAACUUCAAGCUACUCGAACGCCUCGAGAAAGUUAAGCCGGUGUACAAUGUAGAGGAGUUUGAGUCCGCGCACGCUCAGAACGAGGUCUACGCUGCGCGUAUUAGUCGCUAUCCGUAUCGUCGGACAAAUUAAUUCAAGGGGCGUCGUAUGAGGAGUUUUAGCGCGAAGUACUCGUGGUGCAUACAGGCGGGCCGCCAAGGAGUCAGAUUACACUUGAAUAUGAGAUGGGAUGGUGAUACCUGGCUUGUUGAUAUAUAUAUUUUUUUGAAAUGCUUUGUAGUGAGUAAAAUAAGGUAAAGUACCUCAUUGUUCGACACAAUAUAGAGUAGUUUCUGAUUUAUUCUUUUUUAUUACUUUUUUGAUAUUACACCAGAUCUAUUUUUAAUAAUUCAUCACUAUUUAUGUAAAUCUUAUGUAAUAAAAAAGAAUUUGUGGAAUCUAAAGUUACCGAAGAUGAAAUUUUUUUUCAAUUACGAUA